CUCCCCCUCCCCCGGCAGCACAGGCGAAACCGGAAGCAGCGGUCGGCGGGGGCGGGGCAGUGUAGCGGCUGGCUGGUCAAGCCCCGCACUGGUCUGGGGCGCGGGGCGUGCCCUCUGUUGGGAACCAUGCUUGGCAGGUCUGGGUAUCGGGCGCUGCCUUUGGGGGACUUUGACCGUUUCCAGCAGUCGAACUUCGGCUUCCUGGGCUCUCAGAAGGGCUGCUUGUCCCCGGAGCCGGGCGGCGUGGGGCCGGGGGCCGAUGCACCUCAGAGCUGGCCCUCCUGCUUCUGCCAUGGCCUUAUCAGUUUCCUGGGGUUCUUGCUGCUGCUGAUCACCUUCCCCAUUUCUGGUUGGUUUGCCCUGAAGAUCGUGCCCACCUAUGAGCGCAUGAUCGUGUUUCGACUGGGCCGGAUACGCACCCCUCAAGGACCCGGUGUGGUUCUGCUCCUGCCCUUCAUCGACUCUUUUCAGAGGGUGGAUCUGAGGACACGAGCCUUCAAUGUUCCUCCCUGCAAGUUGGCCUCUAAGGAUGGGGCUGUGCUCUCCGUGGGGGCCGACGUCCAGUUCCGCAUCUGGGACCCGGUACUGUCGGUGAUGACGGUGAAGGACCUGAACACAGCUACACGCAUGACAGCCCAGAAUGCCAUGACUAAGGCCCUGCUCAAGAGGCCCCUGCGAGAGAUCCAGAUGGAGAAGCUCAAGAUCAGCGACCAACUCCUGCUGGAGAUCAACGAUGUGACCAGGGCCUGGGGGCUGGAGGUGGACCGCGUGGAGCUGGCAGUGGAGGCCGUGCUCCAGCCACCCCAGGACAGCCCAGCAGGGCCCAGCCUGGACAGCACCCUGCAGCAGCUGGCCCUCCACUUCCUGGGAGGCAGUGUGCCUUCAGUGGCAGGAGGCGCCCCGCGCCCUGGACCAGCAGAUACCUUGGAGAUGGUGAGCGAGGUUGAGCCGUCUGCACCUCACGGGGGUGCUGGGUCCAGCCCCAAGCAACCUGUGGCCGAGGGGCUGCUGUCGGCUCUGAAGCCCAUCCUGUCAGAGGCCCUGGUCAGCCAGGUCGGGGCCUGCUACCAGUUCAAUGUCAUCCUGCCCAGCGGCCCCCAGAGCAUCUAUUUCCUGGAUCUCACUGCAGGGCAAGGGAGGGUGGGACGCGGAGUGCCUGAUGUCAUCCCCGACGUGGUGGUGGAGCUGUCCGAGGAGGACCUACGGGCCCUGUUGUGCAGGGAGCUGCGGCCCCUGGGGGCCUACAUGAGUGGGCGGUUGAAGGUGAAGGGCGACCUGGCUGUGGCCAUGAAGCUGGAGGCUGUCCUCAAGGCCUUGAAGUAGCAGGUUUGGCUGCCUGUCAGUAGCCCGGCCCCGAGCUGGGCACCAAGCCAGGGAGACAUCUUGGAGGCAGAGGCUCUGGCACUGCACCUUGGAUUGUUGAAGCCCUGAGGAGUGUCAGACCCAGCGGGAGACAGUGAGUGGAGGCUGGGAGACACUGGAGCUAGGAGAGGCUGAGUCGGGCAGCCCUGCCCUUCUCACCCACAGUGGUUCUCUUAGCAAGCAUUUGCUGAUCCUGGUCCCCUGCCGAGUGCCCUACCUGAACUGGGUACCAGGCAAUGACAGGAGAGCCAGGCCUGCUCUGCUCCUCUGGCGACCUGGCUGGAGAGGAGGGGCUGACGGAAACAGCCCAACAGCAGCUGGUUUGGUCCUGGUGUGAGGGAGCUCUGCAUGUGACUCAGGCUCCAAGUUCCAGGAGAGGGGGUCAGAGAGGGGGGUCAGAGCAGCUCGGGGAGGGAGAGAGAAGGGACCAAGCAGAGGUCCCUGCAUUGGGAGGGAUCUGAGAUUGGGCUGGGUCUGCCUUACUGAUUGCAAUCCAGGCCCAGACUGGGGGAGGGGGGGAAGACAGGGGGUCAGGGCAGUGUCUCUCUGGCCCUGCUCCUGAGGGUGUCCUGACUCAUCUCCCAGCCUCAGUCUUGCAUGCCUGACUGGCUGGGGCCAGGGCAGCAUGACGGAGAGCCCUGCUGUUCUUGUGCUUCUUACCAGAGGUUUGAAAACCUCAAAUAAACGUGCUGUUUACAAUGUA